UGACUUUUGACAGUUCUCGUUUUAAAAGCGCACGUGCGAUUUGUUGACCAACGUUGUCGGUUCAGUUUGGUUGCAAUUUAUAUAGUUUUUUAGGUGUAAAAAGUUGGAAAAGUUGUUAAAAUGAGUGCCAAGAUAAAGCUAAAGGAAGUUUACGAAGUCCAGAACCAGUACAAGGCGUUCUACACCGGCGGCACCGUCCAGUGGUCCCCGAAUGGGCAGGAACUGCUGUGCCAAAACUCGGGUGCCAUCAAUCUGAUCUCCGUCAACGAUGAUUCCUCGGAACCGGUCAUUUUCGGCGCCAAUCCUUCAACAACCGACGACGACGAUGGAAUCGCCGAAGAUUCGGUCUACACAUUCGCGCUGGCCAACGGUGGCGAGCACGUCGUUUCUGCGCAUCGAUCGGGGCUGCUUCGGAUGUGGGACGUCGCGAGCAGGCAGGUUGUCAAGAUGUGGCGCGGGCUGCACCAGGGACCGACGACGCGGUUGGCGUUCAGCGCCGGGGAUCAGCUGGUGGCGAGUGGCGGGACGGACACUACGGUGCGCAUUUGGGACCCGAUGCAGCAGGUUUGCGUGGGGACACUGCGCGGGUGUGUUGGGGUUGUUAGUUUGCUGGUGUUUCAUCCGGACGAGGAGCGGAAGGUUAUUUUGGCGGCCGGGGAUGACGCGAAGAUUUAUGUUUGGAACUACGAGACGCGCGAGUUGGUGAAGACGUUUUCGGGGCACUUUUCUAAGGUGACCGCGGUGUCGUUCUCGAACGAUAGGAAGUUUUUGGUCUCGGCUGGACGGGACAAGAUAUUGGUUCUGUGGGAUUACGAAACGCAGCAGUCGGUAAAGACGAUUCCGGUUUACGAGAGCUUGGAGAGCGUGAUUGUACUUCCUGAUGGUAUUCGGGUGAACGGACAGAAGUUGAAGAAGGGCAAGAUUUAUGCGGCUUGUGCUGGUGAAGAAGGUUUGAUCAAGGUUUGGGAGAUGACCGAGACGGCGAUCGUCUUCAAGCAGAGCAACAGCUUGGUGACCAAAUCCGCGGAAGAAGGUGGCCUUGCCAUCACGGAGAUGCUGCUGAACCGGCAAACGUCGCAAUUGGCCGUGGUCAGUGCCGAUCACAACAUCAUAAUCCACGACCUGGAAACGUUCGACUGCUUCAAGCAGCUGUCCGGGUUCAGCGAUGAAAUUCUGGAUUUGAUCCUGUUUGGAAAGAAGGAUCGCUUCCUCGGAAUGGCCACCAACAGCAAUGAUUUCAAAGUGUACGACACCACGACCAUGAACUGCCAGCUGGUUAAAGGCCACACCGACAUCGUUCUGUCCCUUUCGGCCAACGAUCAGUUCAUGCUUUCGUCUUCAAAGGACAACUCGAUCCGUUUGUGGCAGUACAACGCGACCAAGUUUGAGAUUCACUGCGUGGCGAUUGGGCUGAAGCACACCAACGCCGUCGGAAGCGUUUCGUUGAGCAAGAUAUCCGGCAAAUUUUGCGCCAGCGUCAGUCAGGAUCGCUGCUUGAAGGUUUGGAAGAUCCCGAAAGAGUUCAACCAAACAACCGACGAGAAGGAACUAACCCGUCUGAACUGCACUCUGACAGAGUUGGCCCACGAGAAGGACAUCAACUGCGUGAGCAUUUCCCCGAACGACCGUCUGCUGGCAACCGGUUCGCAAGACAAAACCGCCAAGCUAUGGGACGUGAGCAACCUCAGUCUGGUGGGCGUAUUCCGAGGUCAUAAGCGAGGAAUUUGGGCGGUUCGAUUCUCGCCCAUCGAUCAGAUUCUCCUAACAAACGCGGCGGAUUGUUCCAUCAAGCUGUGGUCGUUGACGGACAUGACCUGCCUGAAGUCCCUCGAAGGUCACGAAAGUUCCGUGCUGCGCGUCGAGUUCCUCUCCAACGGAAUGCAACUCAUCUCAGCUGGAGCGGACGGACUGCUGAAACUUUGGUCCAUCAAGAGUUCCGAGUGCAUUCAAACACUGGACAAGCACGAGAGCCGCAUCUGGGCGCUUUGCGUGACCGAGGACGAGACCGUAUUCUACAGUGGCGGUUCCGACUCGCAGCUCAUCAAGUGGAAGGACGUAACGGACGAAAAGCGCGACCGAGAAAUGACCGAGCGCAAGGACAUGCUCCUCCAAGAGCAGGAACUCAACAAUCUCGUCAACGACAAAAAGCUCCUGAAAGCGCUCCGUCUCUCCCUCAACCUGAACCGACCCCUAAUGACGCUCAAGAUCAUCAACGCCGUCAUAAAAGCCCAAGAGCAAGGACUCCCCGAAACCGUCCAAAAGCUCUCCAAUGACCACAAGGAAACCCUGCUGAAGCACGCCAUCGAGUGGAACACCAACAGCCGAAACUGCCGGCCAGCCCAGCUCGUACUCAACAUUCUGCUCCAGGAGAUCCUCGCCGGUGCCUUCCAAGUGUCCGAGCUGAACAAGCACCUGACGGCGGCUCUGCCCUACACCGAGCGGCACUUUGCCCGCAUGACCGAGUACGCCAAGGACCUCAAAUUUAUCGAGUACACACUGCAGUGUAUGCAACCCCACGCGGCACGAGCCACCAAUAAAUCCUAAUCGUAAGGAAAACUCUCGUCGUACAAAGUAA